AUGGGAACACAGAUUAAAGUCGAGCAAAAUUUAGAAGAUUUUACUGUGAUUUGGUUGGAUGUUGAUAUUAAUAAAACAAAAGAUUGUAUUGAUACAAAAGCUAAAUUACGCCAACAAAUUAGUUAUUUGAAAACAUUUACAAUUGCUGAUGAAUGUGUUGAUUACAUGACAAAUAUUCAGACUGAAAAAAUAUUUUUAAUUGUAUCUGGUCCUAUGGGAGAAAUGGUUGUUCCAUUAAUUUAUGAUCUUCCACAAAUACAUUCGAUUUAUGUCUUUUGCGGUAAUAAAGCAAGACAAUCAAAAUGGAUAAAACAAUAUUAUAAAAUUAGUGGUGUUUAUGUUGAUAAACAAUUAUUAUUGACAAAAUUAAAAGAGGACAUUAAAUUCUGUUCAAAAGAACUGUUACCAAUGAGUAUAAUUUCACCCGAAACGAGUGAUGAGCAUUCACUGCAAGAUUUAAGUAACGAGCAUCUCGCUACAUUUAUGUGGUAUCAUUUUUUAAUUCAUAUUUUGCUUCUCAUGCCUGCUACUCAGACAGAUUCAGCUAAACAUGAAAUGUUAGAAGAAUGUCGACUAUAUUAUAAAGAUAAUCCAUCUGAAAUGGCAAAAAUCGAUGAAUUUGAGAAAGAUUAUAAAUCUGAGAAAGCCAUUUGGUGGUACACAAGUGACUGCUUCGUUUAUCGUUUAUUAAAUAAAGCACUCCGUACUCAAGAUAUUGAUGCUAUUUUUAAAUUUCGAUUUUUUAUUGCUGACCUUCAUAAACAAUUAUGUAAAUUAUAUCGCCAGUAUCGUCAAUUGUUCGAACCAGACAUCCCUCCAUCUUUAACUGUUUAUCGAGGACAAACGAUGUCCACUGUUGACUUUGAAAAAUUAAAGAAAAGUGUUGGUGGACUAAUAUCAAUGAACACGUUUUUAAGUACAACACUUCAUCGAGAACUUGCUUUGACAUACGCUGGAUCUGAUAGAUCAUGUAAUUCAAUAGUAAAGUCAAUAUUGUUUGAAAUACAAGCUGACGUGAACACUAAAAGUAAACCAUUUUGUAAUAUUAAUCAACAUUCCAAGUUUGAUGAUGAAGAAGAAGUUUUAUUUUCAAUUGGAACAAUAUUUCGAGUAGAAGCUGUUGAACAAAUAGAAAAUCAGAUUUUCAUUGUAAAACUGGUUUUAAGCGGUGAGCGCGAUCAACGAAUAGAAAAAUUAACAGCUCAUUUGAAAAAACAAAUUGGUAAAUCUCCAACUCUUUUGACAUUAGGAUGGUUCCUUUAUAGACAAGGCGAGUAUGAUAAAUCUGAACGAUUUUAUCAGAUGCUUCUCAAGCAACUACCAUCAAAUCAUGGUGAUAUUGGUACUAUUUAUAAUAAUCUCGGACUACUGUAUAAGGAUAAAGGCAAUUAUGAGGAAGCUCUACAGUACUAUACAUUAGCACUUGAAGCUUACUCGAGGACACGUGAUGAAUAUCAUCCACAAAUUGGAGCAACGUACAACAAUAUGAGUGCAGCUUACCUCAGUUUAUUCAACCGUAGUAUGGCUAACAUGUGUUUGAAUAAGGCGAUUGAGAUUUACUCUCAUUCUCUAAAGCCAGAUCAUCUAUUAUUGGCACCAGUUUAUAACCAAAUAGGACAGAUUCAUCACUUAAACCGUGAUUAUGAGGCGGCUCUCGUAAAUCAUACGAAGGCACUUGAGAUAAAACUGACCUCUUUACCUUCAGACCACUGCUCUGUAGGAACCACUUAUAGUCAAAUGGGAGCGGCUUAUAAAGAAAAAGGUGAUCUAAGAAAAUCUCUAGACUAUUACACGAAGGCUCUUGCGGUCUCCACAACAUCAUUGCCACCAACGCAUCCAGAUCUUGCUAAACGUCACAAUGAUAUUGGUCUUGUUCAUUUGAAAAACGGAAAUUUGCAAUCAGCAUUGACAAACUUUCAAACUGCCUACAACAUUGGGCUAAGCACUUUGAGGCCCCAUCACCAUGACAUGAUUGAGUAUAAGAAAAACAUUGAAACGACUAAAAUGAGAUUCUCUGAUACAAAACUUAUGAAAAAGUGA